UUGUUCAAGGCUUACGACCUUGUCAGCAGCAUCAAUAUCCACGAUAUGUACAAUUUUUUAUCGAAUUUGAGUAGUAUGAACGCAGUUUUAAAUAAUAAUAAUCAUUGAUUUUCAUACUGUUCAGUUCUAAUAAUUUCAUUAUUCACUAUUACGAUUCCGUGUACAAACUUGAUCCUAAUACCGUAAUUCAUUCAUUCUAUUUAUUGAUAAUCUGUAAUUCAUUGUUUCUAUAUGUAUAUUAGUGAAAAUAUGAGUCAUAAAAACGACGUACUUCUUAUGUAAUGUUUAAAAAAAAUUGAGAUCAAAUAAUUUUAUCAAUUGAUCAAUGACAAGUGAUAAUAUUAACAUAGAACAUUAACUUUUCACUUUUCUUAUUGAUUUUUUCAAACGUUUCAUCAUGCCGGAAAAUGUUAAGAAACCGUUUUAUAUUGGAUCUAUUGAUGAAGGAACCAGUAGUGCGCGAUUUUUGGUGUUUGAUGUGAUCAAAAGGAAGGUGAUAACUUCUCAUCAGAUUGAAAUAAAACAAAAAUAUCCUCAAGAAGGAUGGGUCGAACAAGAUCCAAAAGAAAUCCUAAAAGCUGUCACUGAUUGUAUUGCCAAGGUUAUAGAGAACUUGGAGGACCUUGGAAUUUCCAAAUCUGAUAUUAAAGCUGUUGGUAUUACUAAUCAAAGAGAAACUACUGUUGUGUGGGAUAAAGUAACUGGAGAACCACUUCACAAUGCAAUUGUUUGGCUUGAUAUGAGAACAACAACUACCUUAGAAGAUGUAUUAGACAAUAUUCCAAAUAAAUCACGUAAUAAAAAUUAUCUCAAACCACUGUGUGGACUUCCUUUAUCACCGUAUUUCAGUGCAUUGAAAAUUCGAUGGCUUAUAGAUAAUGUUCCCAAGGUUAAACAAGCAAUUGAAGCUGGAACGUGUGCUUUUGGGACAAUAGACACUUGGCUUAUUUAUAACCUUACAAAAGGUCAACUGCAUGUAACAGACGUUUCGAACGCAUCAAGAACACUACUGAUGAAUAUUGAAACUCUCAAAUGGGAUCCAUUACUUCUUCGUUUCUUCAAUAUUCCUCAAUCAAUUCUGCCAGAAAUAAAAUCAAGUGCUGAAGUCUAUGGGACUAUAGCUGAUCCCGAAUCACUUGCUGGAGUUCCAAUAUCAGGAUGUGUCGGAGAUCAACAAGGUGCUCUUCUCGGUCAGCUAUGUCUAAAACCGGGCCAAGCAAAAGCAACGUAUGGAACUGGAUGUUUUCUUCUAUACAAUACAGGCAGUGUUAAAGUAGAUUCCACUCAAGGAUUGAUUACAACAGUGGCAUAUAAACUGGGCCGUUCUCCGGCAAUAUAUGCUUUGGAAGGUUCAGUGGCAGUUGCAGGAGCAGCUCUUUCAUGGCUCAGAGAUAAUUUACAACUUUUAAAUAAUAUAACACAAACUCAAGAUCUUGCAGAACGUGUUCGCUCUUCCGGGGAUGUUUAUUUUGUUCCAGCAUUUUCUGGACUGUACGCUCCACAUUGGCAACAAGAUGCUCGAGGAGUCAUUUGUGGUAUUACGGAAGAAACACAACAAUAUCAUAUUAUUAGAGCUGCACUGGAAGCUGUGUGUUUUCAAACUCGUGAUAUUUUAGAAGCUAUGGUCAAAGAUUCUGGAACAAAGUUGAAUACACUCCUUGUCGAUGGUGGAAUGACUGUAAAUGAUCUUCUUAUGCAGUUGCAAGCUGAUUUAACUGGUAUUAAUGUUGUGAGACCACAUAUGGUUGAAUCUACUGCACUUGGAGCUGCAAUUUUAGCUGGUGUUGGUGCGGGUUUAAUUGAUAUCAGUGAAGUCAAUCCGUCACAGAUGACAAAGUUUAGUCCUCAAAUUAGCGAGGAUGAAAGAGAUUUGCGAUAUUCUAAAUGGAAAAUGGCUGUGGAACGAUCAAUGCGAUGGGAUUUAUCAUCAAGUUUAGACUAAGACUGAGUUUAGCAUCUUGAAUUUUUAGUAUUAUUUAUGAAAAUAUGAAUAAUUCUUAUUGUAAUCAUGUUAUCUGUAAAAGACAUUAGUUGAUACUUGAUAAUUCAUUGUUAAUGAUGACAGUGCAUUCUUUUACAUACUUGGUUAAUGAACCAACUGUACAUCAACCCAAUUAUUGAUUGUUAUACGCACUUGCUUCGUGAAAGGCCUUCUUUAAGCUGAUAAAUAAUGGUAGAGAUAAUUUUAGUAAAUGAGAGAAUAUAAAAAAUAAUAUUAAAUAAAUAAUUGUACAUAAAAUGACAAUAUUAAUUAUAAAUGAAUUUGAAAUUCAAUAUUUUAAUGUGAUAUAUUAAUUCUAUACACUUUCUCCAUAAUUAAAGUUAAAACAAUCUUAUUGUAAACAAUUACUUCAAUUUAUGAUAAACAAAUGAAUAAACUUCAGUACUUAACUAUAA